CGUCAUCUGCAAAACUUUAGUCUGUCAGUUGAGAAAUUACUCGCUUGUUUGAGCUCCACUUCGAAGUUCUAAGAUGGCUUGCCAGGGAAGAUGCAAUGCAGUGCGCACCGUGGCGGUGCUUUUGUGUGUUAUGGUCUUGGCUGAGGCUGCGGCAGCUGCAGUCGUUAAUGUGGGAGGAACCAAGGGUUGGAAUCUAGGUGUCAACUACCAAACUUGGGCUUCCUCCACCAAAGUCAGGCCUAAUGACUCCCUUUUCUUCAAGUACGACCCAAGGCUACAUAACGUCAUGGUCGUCAGCAAGGCCGACUACGACUCAUGCAAGACCACCUCACCUUGGUCCAAACACACGUCUGGAAAGGAUUCCAUCAAGUUUACGAAAUCAGGAACUUACUACCUAAUCUGCGGAAUUGGCACCCACUGCAAGGCUGGAAUGAAGGUGGCUGUCACUGUCCGAUGGUAGUGGCAAUGGUUGACUCUGUAGUACAAGUAAUCAAGGUUUUUAUGGCCUGAGUUCCAGUAUUUCAUGCCUUGGAAGUCUGCAGAAGGCUGAAACUUUUAGCUUUCCCAAGGUUGGAGUGACUGUAAUCUAGUGGCCGACUGACAAAUCUGUCAGAUUUUGUAACAGCGUAACUCUACCAAUUGUAGGCAUGUAGCAACACUGCUCCAUUUUGAUAACAGUCAGAAUAGCAAGAUAAGUUGUCUUAUGCCUCAAGUUAGCUAGGCAGUUAUGCUCGAACUUCACACCCACGCAGACGAUACUGAUGCUCAAGAUGUAAGAGAAGGUUAAGAGCACGGUUUAAGAUUUCAAAUCUGUAAAAAGUAUUUCACACCUCUCUCUUUCAAACAGCG